UUUGUUUGCAGCUCUGAUCCGCUCCGUGCAGCCCUAUACAGUCAUUGGUACAGCUCUGAUCCGCUCCGUACAGCCCUAUACAGUCAUUGGUACAGCUCUGAGCAGCGCCAGCCGGACUGGACAGAAGAGAUCGCCGCUAGUUCUCCGCGAAGAGCGAAACACCUCGGCGCGUUCGUCACAAAUAAAACCACACAGCCAGAAGGUAGCCUAUUCUCCGUCGAUUCAUGGAAUUAUUGUCAGGUGGCGUAGGUUGCAUUUAUUACCAAUUCAGUUCGAUAGUUGUGGCUUCUACCCAUCCUGCCUGAAGGUCACAAGCGGAGCUGCUCAGCACGGACCGCCGCGCCCCUUCAGGACUUCGUCAUCCAGGGACUGUCACGAAGGGAUGAUGGGGCCAACAAACUGCAAUAGAGGAGUGAGGGCAGUCUGAGGGCAAUAGGAUCUGAAAAGGAAGACUUGGCUGAUAUAGAGGAGGGAGAAGGUAACCCCAGGACUUAAGAAGGAAAGAGGAGUGGGGAGUUAGGUGCAGGGCUGGACUGCAGGACAGGACUGCAGGACAGAAGGACUGGAUGCUAGCCUCAGUAGGCCCCAGCAGGUCCCAGCUCCCACAGAGAUGGCCUCCAACUUCAACGACAUCGUCAAGCAGGGAUACGUCCGCAUGCGCAGCAGGAAACUGGGGAUUUACCGUCGCUGCUGGCUGGUGUUUAAGAAGUCGUCCAGUAAAGGACCACGCAGACUGGAGAAGUACACUGAUGAGAAGUCCGCUUACAUCAGAGUCUGUCCUAAGGUGACAGAGAUCAGCAAUGUGAAGAAUGUCACAAGGCUCCCAAGGGACACCAAGCGCCAGGCGGUAGCCAUCGUCUUUACCGAUGACACCUCGCGCACGUUCACCUGUGAAUCAGAGCUAGAAGCAGAGGAGUGGUUCAAAACUCUGUCAAUCGAAUGCCUGGGUACCCGCCUCAAUGACAUCAGUCUAGGAGAGCCGGACUUGCUGGCAGCAGGUGUUCAGUGUGAACAUACAGAGCGUUUCAAUGUGUUCCUACUGCCCUGUCCUAACCUGGACAUCUAUGGGGAGUGUAUGAUGCAGAUCACCCAUGAGAAUAUCUACCUGUGGGACAUCCACAACCCUCGCACCAAACUGGUCACCUGGCCMCUCUGCUCCCUGCGCCGCUACGGACGAGAUGCCACGCGCUUCACCUUCGAGGCUGGACGGAUGUGUGACAGUGGAGAAGGCCUGUACACAUUCCAGACGCGGGAGGGAGAACAGAUCUACCAGAGAGUCCACUCCUCCACCCUGGCCAUUGCUGAGCAGCACAAGAGAGUUCUGAUGGAGAUGGAGAAGAACAGCAGAUUGUCUAAAGGUUCUGAGACGGGCUCCUACCCCUGUACCCCCACAGCCAUCCUGCCCCGCAGUGCCUUCUGGCACCAUAUCACUGGCACUCAGGGGGGCAUGGACCCAGCCCAUGGUGACAUGUUUGGUGGUUCUCAGACUGGCGCUGAUGCAGACCUGCUCUCCACCCGGCUGCCCUCAGAGCCACGCCACGCUACCAUGCCCCUGGCACACAGCCGACACUCCCCCGCCCGUUACCCCACCUACCCCAGCCAGUGAUCCCAGGGGUGCAUUGCAGACCCCUAGCCUCCACUCUGUACCCUGCACUCCUCCUAUUCUCCUUUCUCUGCAGUGCUUACCUCAACUCCAUGCCCCCUCAUCUACCUUCCAGCCAAUCAGGUUGGGUUGUGGGGAGUGGGUUCUCCGAUGGGGUCAUAUGACCUCCCCUAAAGCUGGGAGCUCUGUGAAGCAGGACGUGACAGCGCUUCUGGUCUUCUCUUCUUCUUCCAAAGGCUGGUUACCUGAAGGAACUUCAACUCCCAGAAUCGCUCACGGUGGGGGCAAAGUGCAUUGUGCGAGCCAGCAGUGGCUUGUUGCCUCUUAGUGAGCUGACAUUGUGGCAUGGUGUAUCUCUCUUUGCUCUGCUGUGGGUGUGGAGGAGGAACAGGAGGAGGAUGGGUGUGAGCUGUAAGGAUGUGAUUUAGUGUCCUCUCUAACCCCUGUGAAAUCUUAUUUUCUGAUGGGAUUCAGUCAGCUCUCCAUCACCUGAACCCCCUUCGCGACAGACCUCUUCAUGUACCUCAUGCCAGCUCUUAGCAAAGUUCAAUGUUAGGGGCUCAGGACGUCCCCAUACCGCUCUUAUUGGUGGCAGAACAGUAGGACCCCUUCCUACCAUCCCUGCUCUCCAGCAUGAUAAGGAUUGUGGCGCUCGCUCGCUCCAACCCAUAACCUCAAUCUGACAGACACAUAUGUUAGACAACCGUUUCCUCCCAUGAACUGGCCUUGGCUUCCUUCUUCAACUCUGUGUGCGGGUGGAAGAGGGACUGUCUCUGGACUAUUGUCCAACCAAACACCUGGUCUAAUUCCACAGAGAAACAAAGGACCACUUGUCUUUCAUCUUUCUUUCUUUCUUUCUUUUUUGUAUUACUUGUAGCAGACUUAACAACCUGACUUUACCUUGUAUACUGUUCUGUACGAUAAGGAAAAUAUACAUCGAUUUUUCUGGGAGGAUAGAGAGAGGCAGUGAUGAGAGGGAGGGAGAGCCAUAUGCCUCUGAAGUCAUGACUUCGUUUGUUGUUUUCUCUUGGUUUCCUGCCAUUGGGUUGUGAAGACAUCCUAGGCUGUUCAUAAUAUGGUAAUGGAACCUUGUCCCUCUCUCUCUUGUGUGUGUGUGUGUUGGUGUGUGUGUGUGUGUGUGUGUUGUG